GUUUGACAUAGCUUGGUCUGUGUUGUGUGUGUUUUGGGUAGGAAGAUGCAGCCUUGUGUCUCACAUCAACCUUUAACAGCAGUGGCCUUUAAAGGAGAGAAGUAGUUUAUUUAGGGAAUCUAUUACAUGACCUUGCACGAAAUAUCAUGUCUAUGUAUGUAGGACUUUUAGUUAUUAUGACGGUAGAAAUUGUGGCACGAGGUACUGUACAGGUUACGCUGAAAUGGUUGCCGGUAUGGUGGAACACAUGGUUUGUGUUUAUGCCAGACAAAGCAGUACAAAACUGUCGGUAUGCUUUCGUUAUGGGUCUGAAGGACAUCUUUUAGAUGAGAUAUUUAGUUUUCUCUUGCAUGCUGUAUGUGUUUCGCUUCUUCUUUUUCAGAUCGAAUUAGGAGAAAUCUGUACCUUUUAAAAGCUUCUGCUUUUCAAUCCUAAGAAGGGCUCGAUGAGUACUGAUUUAUAGUAAGAAGUGUGUAUUUGUUGGUCUUUAUUUGUUGACUGACUACAACUUUUUGGUUUAGUUUUACAUUACACUUUAUUUGACAGACCAAAAUAUGAAGAAUCCUUGAUAAGCCUUACAGAGCUGCAAAGAUACUUGGGGAAAACUGUUUGGUUCAGAAAUACCGUGACAGAAUGAAGAAAUCACAAAAAUCAAUUAAAAAUUAAACCCAGAAAUGGUGCUAAUUAACUGACUUCAUAAUUUUUGUGUUUGCAUUUUCUUUUUUGUUUGUCUAUUACUUCAUGACCCAAUUUCGGCAGCUCACACAUCCAAAAACGUAGCAUGUUUGAUUCCCUUUCUAUUGAAUGAGACCACCUCGCUCAGGCAGUGAAGGACAAGGUGUUGAAGUCCUCACCAGAGUGUGAUUGCUGUGUUCACAACUCCCUAAAUGAACCAUACCAAAGGGGAAAAUGCAGCAGGGUUUGAAUUAGCACCCUAAAUAUAGCAUUAUCAGAAUAGCUUCUUAUUGCAGACUUAAUCAGGACUGAACUAGGUGGUCUAUAGAAUGAGUGCAGCGAAGUCAAUUUCAUUUAAUAAAAAGCCACAUGGACAGCCAUGGCAGUGACAAAUGCUGAGGAAGUGAUGGUAAAAACAUUUGAGAUUUAAGAUAUGGGAGACAGAGUACCCAGAGGCAAAGAUGGCCGAAUGCUGCUCUGAUCAGUAAUGAAUAAAAAUGUCAGCGUGUCCUCUGCUGUUGCUACCACAUUGUGACGAGAUCUGUUGGCACAUGGUCUUUCUCUUUGUUGCGAUGUGAUGUUGCUGUCUUUAACAGAGAAAAUAUGUGCAGUGGUGUUGUCACUAUUAGCAUUAGAGCUUUGUACCCUCCUCCCGAUGAGUUCAUACGUUUCCUGUUGAACAGAAUAGUGAGUCAUACUGCAGCUCGAUCAGAUUAACUCUUCAGCAAUGACUAACCAGCCCUGUACAAGUUUUAUUACUAUUUCCUGUGCUUUCUCUCUUUCUACCUUAUAAUAAUUCGAUAAGUCAGAUAAAUUGUAGUUGUAUUUUGGCCAUACUGUGUAAUAUAUGAAAAGAAAAGUUAGAGCAUACUCUGUAUAUAUGAGAGUAUGGAAAGAAGAGUUGGGGCAUAAAUGAACUGAUUGAUGAUCAUGUCAAAGGCUUGGAGCACUGUGUAGUGAAUAUCUGUGCUGCAGAUUGUCAGCUCUCUCCUUUUCUCUUAUCUGGCACCAUAUAGUGUCUGUAAGACAGGAUUGAUUUAAAAUGGUCUUUUCUUACUUUAUUCAAAUCUAUGUUUUUUGUUUAGCUCUGGAUUGACUAGAUUGAUUGUUUUUUUAUGGCUUUACGAUAUUUGAAUGACGGGAAUUGACCUAAUUUUUAUUAACACCUAGUACGUUUUUUAAUUUAGCACUAUAUUGAAACUGCUGUCCUUAGCUCGCACUUUGUCUUUACACCUUCCCUUGUAUGGUUUGCUAUUCUAAUGAAAAAGGGGAGUAUUGAUGAUUUUUGUCAGCCUUAAUAUUGGGUAACAUGGAGCAUUAAUAACCAAACUGUGAUAUUUAGUGCAUAUAAAAAGCACAAUUAGCAAAAAUAAACUUGUAUAUGAUGUAAAUUAUAACAUGCGAAUGCUGUCAGACUAACGUACAGUCGUACGAGGUUAUUUGUGUUGUUUUCUUGUUGCAUCAUUCCCUGAGGAUGUAUGCAAGAGAGAGUGAAGCACAAGAGAGUUCAUUAGUCUCCCAGCAUGCUCUGGUGCUUCCUUCCUGGUGGCUGUCACAUGUCGGUCUACCAGCCUUUCUCUGUCAAAUGAAAAGAUGCGUGAGGAAAUGUCGAGUGUGGUGUGUGUGAAGGAGAUGGAGGGGCAGGGUGACCCUGCAGAAAAGCUGUCCCAGGAUGAGCUGCUGUGUCGGACACGGGAGGUGAUGCAGGGGCUGGAGGCUCUGCGUGCUGAACACCAGGCCAUCCUCGAGGGUCUGAUGGGAACGCUGCGUUGCCUCAAACAAACCCAGGAAGGCCGUGCUGUAGAAGAAAAGACUGUCAUGAUUCAACGCUCACUGGAAAUGCUAGAGCUCGGUCUGAGUGAAGCACAGGUAAUGAUGGCUCUUUCAGGGCACCUGAGCGCAGUAGAGGCCGAGAAACAGAAGCUUCGUGCACAGGUCCGGCGGCUGUGCCAGGAGAAUCAGUGGCUGCGUGAUGAGCUGGCAGGAACACAGCAGCGACUGCAGAAGAGUGAGCAGAGCGUGGCCCAGCUGGAGGAGGAAAAGAAGCACCUGGAGUUCAUGAAUCAGCUAAAAAAAUAUGACCAAGACCUCAGCCCAACAGAUGACAAAGACUCUGACUCGAGCAGAGAGACUCUGGAUGAUCUCUUCCCUGAUGAUCAAGAUGAGCCAGCCUCUGGCAUCCAGCCCACACACAGCAGUGCUGUAGCAGCAGCUCAGCAGGGAGGCUAUGAGAUUCCAGCCCGGCUCCGAACCCUGCACAACCUGGUGAUCCAGUAUGCUUCUCAGGGCCGUUAUGAGGUGGCCGUGCCCCUGUGUAAACAGGCACUGGAGGACUUGGAAAAGACCUCAGGCCACAACCACCCUGAUGUUGCAACAAUGCUCAACAUUCUUGCCCUUGUCUACAGGGACCAGAAUAAGUACAAAGAGGCUGCAAACCUUCUGAAUGAUGCACUCGAUAUCAGAGAGAAAACACUGGGCAAAGACCAUCCUGCGGUGGCCGCUACACUGAAUAAUUUGGCUGUCCUUUAUGGUAAGCGUGGGAAAUACAAAGAGGCAGAACCACUAUGCAAAAGAGCACUGGAGAUCAGAGAAAAGGUGCUAGGGAAGGACCACCCAGAUGUGGCAAAGCAGCUGAAUAACUUGGCUUUGCUGUGUCAGAACCAGGGCAAGUAUGAGGAGGUGGAAUAUUACUACCAGAGAGCGCUUAAAAUCUAUCAGACCAAGCUGGGCCCUGAUGACCCCAAUGUAGCCAAGACCAAAAACAAUCUGGCCUCAUGUUAUCUGAAGCAAGGGAAGUUUAAGCAAGCAGAGACUCUCUAUAAAGAGAUCCUAACACGAGCACAUGAGAGGGAGUUUGGCUCUGUAGAUGGAGAGAACAAGCCUAUCUGGAUGCAUGCAGAGGAGAGGGAGGAACAGAGUAAAGGGAAGCAAAAAGAUGGCUCCCCAUUUGUAGAGUAUGGUGGUUGGUACAAGGCCUGCAAAGUGGACAGCCCAACUGUAACAACCACACUGAAGAACCUGGGUGCACUGUACAGGCGGCAGGGCAAGUUUGAGGCUGCUGAGACUCUGGAGGAGGCUGCGAUGCGCUCCAAAAAAAAGGGUCUGGAUUCAACCAAUAAGCAGCGUGUGGCUGAGGUUCUGGGGGAUCCAGAGGCUCGGGAGAAGCAGAGCAGCAGAGAGAGUCUAAUCUCUGACACGGUGAAGUACGAAAGUGGCCCAGAUGGGGGAGAGGAAGAGAAGUGCUCAGGGCACACAACAGAGGAGACUGCAGCAGGGCGAAGAGGGGAUGGCUCGGGCUCAUUGAAGCGCAGUGGCUCCUUCAGUAAACUCCGAGCCUCGAUUCGCCGGAGCAGCGAGAAACUCGUCCGCAAGCUCAAAGGAGGCAGCUCACGAGAAAACGAACCCAAGAAUCCUGGCAGCAUGAAGAGGGCCAGCUCUCUGGGGGUUCUCAACGUACCGGACAAACCUGUCGGCGAACUCCUCAAAGAGCGAAAUAAUCAUCUGAGGAAAAGUCGGGACCUGAGUGCCAGUCACACUGACCUAGCGCAUUGAAGCUCUGCGUAGCACAUGCUGAUGAAGUCGAGAUGGUUCAGUCAGGGCACAGAGUGAAACAACUUCUACACCUUUCUCUCAGCCUUUUUUUUUUCCAUUUACACAGGAAACCUUUUACAGACAUUUACCUUUAUUUCCCUUUACACUCCAGAACAAAGUAAACAAAUGUAACUUGUGUAAUGUCUUUGGACAACACUAGAAAUUCUAUGGUCAACUGCUGAACAAGUGAAACUACCAGUCAUGCAUUCUUAACGCACUCCCAGCCCCGAACAACUUGACCUUUAAACCUGCAGGUGAAACUUAUGAAAUAAAAUUUAACUUGGCACAUUAUUCAGUCUCAGGUUAGGGAUUGACACAUACUGUAUAUUGCACUUUCUCCCCAAUGAUUAAUGUUCUGUAUGUUUGUGUUUCUUCUUGUCUAAUGUGUGUGAAGGAUCUAGUAACAUAGCUGUGUGAUUUGUAUGUGUGCUUAUAGUUACAAAUGUGCUUUAUUCCCAUUUGGUCAUUUUCUACCCCAUUCAUUUCAGUAACACUAGAUGUUCACGUUCGUAAGUUUUUCCUGCAUUUCCUGGACUGUUUUUUUGUGGUAAGUUAUGAAUCACACCUAUUUUAAGGUCUCUGUUUACAUUUUUAUUUUUGUUGAGUCUCAGCCUACCUAUCAAGCCUUAAAUGGUUCAUUAACCAGAUGUUUCUCCUUCAAAUGUCCAUAAUUACGAAUGUGGAUCAAAAGGUUUCAUAAGUACCAAGAAAAACUGCACUUCACUGGUCCGGAGAAAACGCUGCCUCUUUAUCUGUCACAUUUUAUAUAUAUAUAUAUAUAUAUAUAUAUAUAUAUAUAUAUAUAUAUAUAUAUAUAUAUAUAUAUAUAUAUAUAUAUAUAUCUGAUAGACUAAUAAAUAUUUUGAAAAAGAUUUUAAUUGCCUCUUUUAAUCAAUGCUGAUUGCUUGAGUGAGAUCUAAAUCUAAUCUCUAAUUAGUGAUUGAGAUGUUUUCUGAUUGGUCAAAGUCAAUUACAAUUUAUGAUUAAAUGAUAUAAAUAUACAUCUUGGUCCAAAGAGUGAGCCAAUUUCCAAGAGUAAAAUUGGACCACUGAAAGAAAGGUUCAACUCUACAAACAUCAGUGAGGAAAAUGAAUGACGUUUAUACAGGUUUCUUAUACACUGCAUGUAUAUCUCUGCAUUGGGGCUGCUUCUCUGCAUUCUGACAAAGUGCAAUAUUGUAGCUGCUUUGUGUUUGUUCUGUUUGACUUUAUAUGUAUAUGAAAUUGGACUGACACAAGCCGCUUGGCUUGUUGUCUUUAUUAAUAAAUUUGUCAAUCUCUCUUCA